AUGGCCGUCGUGAUGGAGAUGAUUGCCAUUGCCAUCUUGGAGGGCUUUGGGCUGACACUGAACAAAGUCACAAAGGUUGAGAAUCGACAAAGUCGCAGCAAGUUGUUGGGAAGCAGAAAUCGCGGCAGCAAUCAAUAUGAAAUGAGCGAGCGAGCGGAGAGAGCCCCCGGUGCUGAUGGGCAUUAA